AUGGAGAUGGUACCAACACUCCGGCCACCACGAGCGUCACCAGUUGCAGCCCAAACACGUUCGUGUGUAGAGGUCCCAAAACACAAUGUCCAUUCCAAACAACAGACGACUCUACUUGGCACUGACGGCUUGGAAUGCAGUCAGUGGAACUACGUUACCAGCGAGUCCUCGUCUCAAGCAGAGAGUGGGGUAUUUAGUCCCAGUGAGGAUGAUGUCUAUGCCUGGAAUGACUCCCUCAGAACUGGUCAUGUCCAAAACGAAUUGACUAAAUUGAGCGUCGAAUGCGAGCAGAAAACACUGUGCAAUCUGGAUAAGUCCUGGGAACAGGCAGCAUUCAGUGAGAAUCUAGACUUCCGACCACUCUCGUCGACAACCGGAAUGGAGAUGGUACCAACAUCCCGGCAACCACCAUCGUCACCAGUUGCGCCCUUGCGAACGCCCAAUGGGCCGACUGAAGUAUGUCAAAGGUCUGACAAAGACCUUUGCUGUUCCCAUCUAUUCAACCUUCUUUCCGAUUAG